UAAAUAGUAUGUCACUGCAGUUAGGGGCUGCACUAUUGUGACUUUACUAUUUAGUAGGUUAGUAUGCAUCCAGCCAGCAGCCUGUCUGUUCUCUGAGUGGUGGCGCAGACGGCAAAGCGGGAUUGACCAGGCGAGGAGAAUUAUCACACCGGACUAAAGUAAAAGUGCUGGAUAAAGUACAGUAAAGUGAUGGCGUGGUGUGUGUUCAGUUCUGGAAAUCAGCGUAGAUCAAGAAAGAAGAGAAACCUGCCAUCUUACCUACUCAGCAAAAUAUUCAGUUCACGCCGUCACGGUGCGUUCAGACCCUGUACGCAAAAUCCAAAUUCAGUGUUUGUGAUUAGCUUUGCCUUUUAGCACGGUGUAAUCAGCAGGUUGAGGUUAUGUGCAUGCGUGGCUUGGGCCGGUCGGUGAGCAUAUGAAGAUUGGCCCCAACACGCGCUAGACGUUUAGGGUGAAAUAAUACGGCUGGCUCUGCCUCGAGCCUGAAAUUAUUGAUGCAUCGAAUGAGGUGUUUGGUCUGUUCAUUUCGUUUGGUCACUACAGUGUAAGGACUUCAUUUCCAUCAGAACUGCACAGCUUGAUAUUGAUGUUAGUGAGAAUACAGUAAUAAGCAACAUGGACCAACGCAUGUCGAUGGAUAAAAAUUAUUCUCUGAUAUUCAUUAAAAUGUUUAUAAAUAAAAUAAAUUCAAAUAAAAAAAGAAAAAUAAAUGUUCACUAAAGUUUGGUUUGAAAAAAGUUGGUUUGUUUUGUUAAGGUUUGUUUUGUAAAAAUGUGGGGGUUGGGGUUGGUAAAUAUUUGCUUAAAAAGUUUGUUGGGUAAAAAAAGCCUGUUUGGUAAAAAAAAAAAAAAGUCUGAUUAAAAAAAAAAGUGUGUUUGGUUAAAAAAAAGUCUAAUUUAAAAAAAGUCUGUCUGGUAAAAAAAAGUCUGGUAAAAAAAAAGUCUGAUUUAAAAAAAGUCUGAUUUAAAAAAAAAAGUCUGUUUGGUAAAAAAAGUCUGAUUAAAAAAAAGUCUGGUUAAAAAAAAGUCUGAUUUUUAAAAAAAAAAAAUCUGUCUGGUAAAAAAAGUCUGGUAAAAAAAAGUCUGAUUUUAAAAAAAAGUCUGGUAAAAAAGUCUGAUUUAAAAAAAAGUCUGUUUGGUAAAAAAAGUCUGAUUAAAAAAAAGUCUGGUAAAAAAAAGUCUGUGGUAAAAAAAAAAAGUCUGAUUAAAAAAAAGUCUGUUUGGUUAAAAAAAAAAAGUCUGGAAAAAAAAGUCUUUGGUAAAAAAAAAAGUUUGAAAAAAGUCUGUUUGGUAAAGUUUGUAUGUUUAAAAAAAGUUUGGUAAAAAACAUUAAGUUAAAGUUUGUUUAAAAAAGUUUGUAAAAAAAAAAGUUGGUUUGGCAAAGUUUGUAUGUUUAAAAAAAAAAAUAGAAGUUUUUUCAUUAUAGAAGUUUUAUUAAGUAAAGUUUGUUUGGUAAAAAGGUUUGUUAAACAAGACACUUCACAAAAUGUAGUCUAAGAUGGCUACGUGUCAGCCAAUAGGAGUCUGAGGCAAGGCUUCAGUCAUUCAUAUCCGUCCGUCCAUCCAUUCUCUACACCGCUUAUCCUACACAGGGUCACGGGGAGCACGGCGACUAUCCCAGGGAUCUCGGGGCACGAGGUAGGGGACACCCUGGACGAGGUGCCAACGCAUUGCAGGGCACAAUCACACGCUACGGACAGUUUGGAGAUGUCAAUCAGCCGACAUCACAUGUCUUUGUACUGGGGAGGAAACCGGAGUACCCGGAGUAAACCCCUGAAGCACGGGGAGAACACGUAAACUCCACGCGCGCAGGGCGGAGGCGGGAUUCAAACCCCCAACCCCGCAGUAACCGCUUACAGGAGGACAAAGUUUUCUGUAUGGAGAUGUUUCUUAAACGAUCACGGAAGGAGUCGUCAGUGUCGGCGCUUUGUAACCGCUGAAUAUUCCACAGGCCCACAGGAAAGUGCUCGGGGCUUUGCGGUUUCUCGUUUUCUGGUCACGAGCUUCAGGAGCUUGAAAGUUCCGUGUGCUUCCGUGUAUGCGCACUCCCAUGUACCGGUUUUCAGCUGGAAAAUACUUUUGAAAAUUCAGGUGACCAUGUUAUAAAGCAGAGCCCCGCCAUCAGCUGAGGAAACCACCAGUCGUCAUCGUCGUCAUCAUCAUCCGUCCCUCCAUCCCUUUCCCCUCCUGAGGCCCCACGUCUUCUCUUCCCUUCCCUUCCUCGCCCAUCCCUCACCAUGUCCAUCGCCCUCAAGCAAGUCUUCAACAAGGACAAGACGUUCCGGCCCAAGCGUAAGUUCGAGCCGGGUACGCAGCGCUUCGAGUUGCACAAGCGGGCUCAGGCGUCGCUCAGCUCGGGCGUGGACCUGCGGGCGGCCGUGCAGCUGCCCCCCGGUGAGGACCCCAACGACUGGGUGGCCGUCCACGUGGUGGACUUCUUCAACCGCAUCAACCUGAUCUAUGGCACCGUGUGCGAGUUCUGCACAGAGAAGAGCUGCCCGGUGAUGUCGGGCGGCCCGCGGUUCGAGUAUCGCUGGCAGGAUGAGCACAAGUACAAGAAGCCCACGGCGUUGCCGGCGCCGCAGUACAUGAACCUGCUGAUGGACUGGAUCGAGGUGCAGAUCAACAACGAGGACAUCUUUCCCACCAGCGUAGGAAUUCCGUUCCCAAAGAACUUCAUUCAGAUCUGUAAGAAAAUCCUGUGCCGGCUCUUCCGGGUCUUCGUGCACGUCUACAUCCACCACUUCGACCGCAUCAUCCUGAUGGGAGCCGAGGCCCACGUCAACACCUGCUACAAGCACUUUUACUACUUCUGCACCGAGCUCAACCUCAUAGACCGCAAGGAGCUGGAGCCACUGACCCCGUACGUCCAGACUGUUGCGUCAGAGACACUUGCACUCCCGCGCGCUGCUUACAUCACACAUCGUGCUCGGCCUCGUUUCCCCGCAGCACUCGCAUGUAACACAGGACGUCCCGCUAACGAGCGCUGGAGGCGUCGAUACACGGCACGGCGAACAACGGCGGCAUUCUUCGCUUCGUCAUAAGCUCUCCUUGUGAGAGAGAACACAAGAAAGAAAUGACGUCACGGAUGUGUCUUUAGAGGCCCCGUAACAGACCCUGUGGACCCGAAAACUCUCAGUUUGUCUCAACCGGAGGACGUCACAGACGAUCAGAUGAGCUCGGACAGUGUGAUGCCGAUGAAGUCUGACGUAAUGGGAGAGAGGGGACGCAGAACAAAGCACCGAAGCACACUCGCAUUCGCUCAGAGCAAACACCACCACACGGUGGUGUGAAGUAGCGCGCACACACCUCCAGGUGGCGAUGUAAUGCAGUAAUAGGAUUAUGCACUAUUUAAGAACUAUAACUAUGCAGCGUGACUGGAGGUAGAUCUAUUUUGGAUGAGAAUAAUAUUGUAAAGCUACUCACUGUCUAAUGACUGCAGGGGAUUAGUGAAUUUAACCAUUGGUGAACACUAAGGGUGUGUGUGUGUGUGUGAGGGUGUGUGUUACCAUAGUGAUUUAUGGUGUGUUCAGACUUCCAAAAGCUAUGGUUUGGUUCCUUCACUUGUGGUUCAAAUGCUUGAUGGGAUGAUUUUAAUGAUUUGUAAUAAUUUAGACUUUAGAGAUAAUUGUAAUGAUGCGGGAGAUCUCACUCUCUCUCUCUCUCACACACACACACACACACAUACACGCACACAGUUUGCAUCCACAUUAGACUAUUACUAGGUUUUAAAAUCAUGCUUCUACACUUUUGUUUGUUUGUUUUUUGAGAAAUACAGGGUUUUAAACUAUGCAGGACUUGUGAAUUAUAGGAAGGUGUGUGUGUGUGUGUGUGUGUGUGUGUGUGGUGGGGGCAGGCAGGGAGGUUCAGACCACUUUACAUUCCUCUAGUGUAGUGGUGACCACUAAUCAGUGUAAAGCAGACAAUUAAUUGUAAUUAAAUUUUAAUUUUUAAAUUUUUUUUUUUUAAUGAUUGACUUUUUUUUAUUUCCUCAAAGGAGCUACACAGAGCCUCAGCUCGGACCCCUCAACUUAACCCAUAAAGAGAAUUUUUUUUUUGGAUUUGUUCCCUAACAGCCGUUCUUGAUGUGCAAGGUUACGCCUUAAGAUUUGAAUUAUUAAUUAAAUUAUUCAGCAACACUCCACACAACAUCAAGUUAAAAAUGAAUGAAUAAAUAAAUAAAUAAAUAAAUAAAUAAAUAAAAAAGUCUCAUGUUCGUAGUUACAAAAAAAAUAAAUAAAUCAAGCCUUAGCAAUAAGGGAUUGAGUGCAGAAGUUUGCACACCCCUACAUCCAAAUCAAGAAACCCCAGAAGAUUUUACCGGAUUGUUCAGGAUGUUCUGUUAUUAUUACAAACAACACAAAUUCAAUGUUUGUUUGUUUUUCCCCCUUCCUUGUUAGUAUUUUUUUUUUUUUGGUCGCAGUGUGUUGCUAACAGUGAACUGAGUUUUAUGUCAAAGUUGCUAUGGUGUUUACAUUUGUUCGAAAGUGAGAGAAGGGCUCAGCUAAGCAUGUAGGACAGAAUCUGCGAGAGAGGUCAUUAAAAAUUUGCACGAAUGAGAAAAGUGUAGAUGCUGGAGAGCGAGGGGAAAGGAAACGUGUGGCUCAGUGCUCGCUGAAGAGAAGUGCUCUGUUGAUAUUUUCAGAGCAGUCUGAUUUGCUUGCGAUGUACACUAGACUUGCGUCCAAUAGUAUGAGUAAACGAGCACGGUAUUGGGACGAUACCUGAUGGCAGCAUGAGUAUCGAUGCAUCCCUAACAUAACCGUAUGUGAAAGUUAAUACUGAAGCAAACGAAAUGAGAUUUCUGGAUGUGAUCUGUGAUAAAUGUUGUUUGUUGUUGUUGUUGUUAUACAAGUCACUUUUAAGAAUUUUUUCAAUUCCCCUGCUGUUUGUGAAUCACAGGGUUUUUUUUUUUUUUUUUUUUUCCCCAGUUAUCUUUGAUUUACGCAUUAGUGUCUGUAUUUCCUCCAUGUCCGAUCGGUUUACGUUGUCGGUAACGGUGUUCCUAUACACCUCUUCUCUCACGAUUUGUGGGCAAUAUUUUCAAUAUCCUUUAAAUUCCUAUCGAAUCUUGACUGUUUAAGAGUUUGAGCGCGUUCGAACUCUUCCUGCCUUAUCGGUCAGACUUGACGAAGUGAAGAGAUUGUGUUUUAGGUCAUUAACCAGGUACAUUUGAAUACAUACGUUUAUUAUUAUAGAUAACUGUGUUUUAAUGACAUUAAAUGAACAUGGAAUUAAAAUGCAGAUUCUUUGGGAGUUUUAGUAAAAGAAACUCCAAAACUGAGCGUGUGGAAACAUUUGCACUCGACUAGCUAGCUACCUAGCUAGAUUCUGGCUGUUUUUAUGAUUUGUCCUGCUGCAGCUGAUCCACUUGUAUCUACUCAGUGGUUGAGUUUGAGUGACCUGGAUGGUAGGUUUAUCUAAUUAAAUGCCUAGUGUAGAUUUUAGCAUGGGUCCUUAACCAGCUAAACAUUCAUAGUCUGUAUUAACGUACUUGACUAGCUAACUAGCUUGCCAUAAGUUAUUAAAUUACACUAGGUUUUCGGUUUCCGAGCAGCCAAAACAUGAAACUGGGCAGCACAUUGAAUCUUCCACUUUGCCCUAGCUAAUACAUUUUUAUUUUUUUUUUUAUUAUGCAAGUUCUGCUGAAGAAUAUCUCCACAGCAAACAACAGUUCUACUGUUUUAUCCUCCAAAACUUGCCUCCUAGCAGUCGGGCUAACUCCUCCGUGGCGUCACAUGGACAGAAAUAACCAGCCAGCGUUUCUAGCUUGCGGUUUCAUGUCUCCUGUAAGCUCUUUAGAGAGAGAACACACUCUCGCUGAUUGCAUGUUUUGCUCCGAAUAGCGAGUAUAUCCGUGCCGUAAUCCCUGCUAGGGCAUUUCGGAUGAUCCUUCUACGCUUUGAGAGGAAGAUUAGACCUCAGACUUACCUUCAGCAGCAGGUUUUCAUGAUAGAUUUGUAAGCCGAGCUGUAUAUAAGGCCAAGCUCUCCAAAGCGAGCAGGCGCGAUGGAGAUUCUCGCCGUGCACUAGGAAUUCAGCUGACGCUCUUCGUAAAAAGCGAUGCUCUGGAGAACACUUCUCUCUCUACGUCUGUGAUUCAGCCAUGGGGGAGAAAUCGGAAUCCUCCGGGCCACCCCUGUGCGUCCAGAUCCUCUCCACCGUGGCCCUGGUGUGCUUCGGGCUCUACUGCAUCGUCAAGGGCGUCUCCUUCGGCUUCUUCAACUGGUGGUACAUCCUCGGAGCUGCGAGCCUCGUGGCCACCGGCUUUGCCGCGUUCCGGGUCUACGAGGUGUUCACGAUCCUGGCGCAGAGGGAAAAAGCCGAAGCCGAGUCAUGCAGAAGGACGCCCUGAGAUCAGUUUGGAUGUUUUCGACUAUAACUAUGAUUAUAGUUUGAAUUUGGACUGGGACGGAAAUUCCUGAAAGGACAUUUUCUUUAUCUACAAUUUAAACCGACGAACUUCCUUCAGAUUUGAACCCAUUUCCCAUAACCUACUGCGAAUAUACUGUACAAGUGUGAAGUCAAGAGGUGUUGGUUAAUGUAGAUUGGAAAUGCUGAUUUAAGGUUGAAACAUUAAAUCCCACCAAAUUUUGGGGAUUAAACAUCUUAAUACGGUAUUGAUUUAUUGAUUUAUUGAUUUAUUUAUUUAUUUAUUUUAACUAUACAGAUAUGGCCAGGACAUAGAAAGAUGGAUGUUGCCUCAACCUUGAGGGACUGGACACACGUGUUCAGAGCUCAUCAUCUAUACAUAAUACCACCUGUGAAGAUUAGAACAACUAGAAAUUCAUGGAUAUGAAACUAUAUACGAGAUAAAGCUAGAGAAAGCUUAUUAAGUUCAUCAACCUGAUUUCAAACUCUUAGAAAUAUUAUGCAUCCCUUUAUUUGUCUAUUAAUAUUUAUUCAACCGUUUCAUUACUUUUCAUUUUUACUCGACGCUGAUCAGCAGUUUAGAUGAAACCUUUGAGUCAAAGAGCUUUGCUUCUAGGCUAUUUAAAAAAAAAUAAAUAAAAAAUUCCAGCAUUGAUCUACAUUAGAAGGCAUUCUUCAACAUGCCUUUGUGCUCCGUUGUGUAACUUUUGUGAAGAAGUUGGACGUAACGUGACCCGUUCAACCAAUCACGAUAUUCCCCACCGAACAGAUAACGUUCAACAAGAUACAGCAUUUGACAGUUUCUAAGAAGAAUUAACGUCCCUGCAGUGUUCUACAAGCAUUUGCUCUGAUAAAAGAUGGUGUCGCAAACUUUGUUCUUGGAACAGUGCUUACAAUAUUUUCUCGAAACGGUUUAACGUUCUUAGGAACUUAGAAAAGCUAGGCAGCUGAGUCACCGCUUGGCCUUGGGAGCGGAUCGGUUUCGCACGUAGUGCGGUCACUUAAAAGGAACUUUCUCGGGGUAAAAAUACAAUUGUGAAAAGACUUAAACGCGAGACAAAUGUUUAAACUUUCACGACGUAUUUGGAGUUUGAAUCCUACGUUUAAUAAAGUCCUAA